AUGCAGGAACAGGUGGCCGGCAAACUCUUCAAAGGGAUGAACAUGUUUGGACUCGAUCUGAUGUCCCUCAACAUACAGCGUGGCCGUGACCAUGGCAUUGCCUCGUACACGGCACUCAGAGCCUCAUGCGACUUGUCUUCCAUUCAUGACUUUCCUGAUCUCUCGGGAAUCAUGGAUGAGGAUGUGAUUGAAAUUCUAGAGGAUGUAUAUAGUCAUGUGGAUGACAUUGACCUGUUCGUCGGUGGUUUGGCUGAGCACCCGGUAGAAGGAGGAGUAGUAGGUCCCACUUUCGCUUGUAUUCUGCUGGACAGUUCCUUAGGCUGAAAGUAGGCGACAGAUAUUGGUACGAGACUAA